GUUAUUAUGCUAAUGUGGGGGGCGGGUUGCGGGAAAUGAGAGUAGAUGACGUCAGCACCCUCCUCGCGGAGAGUGAAACAAACAUGGCGACAGAAUGGAGUGGACAGGGGUACAUUCUAACUUUAAUCUUUUUUCUCUGGGGCGUAGUGUCUGGGCGAAUGGAGACAGCGAUGGAGGGAAUCAGCGGCAGUCAGAUCUUGGGAAUGAGACUGGAGAGGAGCAACAAAUCGGCGGCAACGACCGAUGACGGGGUCAUCCAGGUAACGGAGGAGAGCAGUGUCCAGCUCAGGUUUUACGGGGUACAGAUGAACUCUGGCACCUGGUCACACAUCAGGUUCACGGAGCACGGGGACGGCGGGGACGAGGGUAACAGCAGUGACAAUGUUAACAGGACUUGUACCGAUUUUACCAAAGACAUCAGCAUCAACAAUUACAUGAACGUCAGCAGCCAGGGCACAUCGGGAGUACUGGACAUUAACAUUAAGGCGCUCCGCAAGAGCGAGUCGCAGAAGGAGUAUAGUCUGUGCGUCAGAAAUAGCCCGGAAGGCAGGUGGUACUUACUUGGGGAUAACGAUGGCAGGAUACUCGUGGUGGAGGAGAAAAAGUCUCUGCUGCCGAUGUGGCUCCAGAUCAUCCUUAUCUCCUGCCUCCUGGUGCUGUCGGGCAUGUUCAGUGGUCUUAACCUCGGUCUGAUGGCCCUGGACCCAAUGGAGCUCCGCAUUGUCCAGAGCUGUGGUACCGAAAAGGAGAAGCGGUAUGCGCGUAAAAUAGAGCCCAUUCGCAGCAAAGGAAACUACCUUCUCUGUUCGCUUUUGCUGGGCAAUGUGUUGGUCAACACCACGCUUACAAUCCUGUUGGAUGACCUGAUCGGCUCUGGCCUCGGCGCUGUGGUUGCCUCCACCAUUGGAAUCGUUAUUUUUGGUGAGAUCGUGCCUCAGGCGCUGUGCUCCCGCCACGGGUUGGCAGUGGGGGCUAACACCAUCUUGGUGACCAAAUUCUUCAUGAUACUCACCUUGCCGCUGUCCUUCCCGGUGAGCAAACUGCUGGACUGCGUGCUUGGCCAGGAAAUCGGCACCGUGUACAACCGCGAGAAACUUGUGGAGAUGCUAAAAGUGACGGAGCCGUAUAACGACUUGGUAAAAGAGGAGCUGAACAUCAUUCAGGGCGCACUGGAGCUCCGAACCAAGACUGUGGAAGAUGUUAUGACUCCGCUGAGCAACUGCUUCAUGAUUCACAUCGACGCUGUUCUCGACUUCAACACCAUGUCGGAGAUAAUGCAAAGCGGUUACACGCGCAUCCCGGUUUACGACGAGGAGCGCUCGAACAUCGUCGACAUCCUCUACGUUAAGGAUUUGGCUUUCGUUGACCCGGACGAUUGCACCACGCUUAAAACCAUCACCAAGUUCUACAAUCACCCGGUUCACUUCGUCUUCCACGACACCAAGCUGGAUUCCAUGUUGGAGGAGUUCAAGAAGGGUAAAUCCCACCUGGCCAUCGUGCAAAAGGUGAAUAAUGAGGGUGAGGGCGACCCCUUCUACGAGGUGCUGGGUCUGGUGACGCUGGAGGACGUCAUUGAGGAGAUCAUCAAGUCAGAGAUCCUGGACGAGUCCGACCUCUACACUGAUAAUCGCAACAGGACGAAGGUGCCUACUAACAAGAACAAGCCGGAUUUCUCCGCUUUCAAACAAGAGAAUGAAGCCAAUGUCAAGAUCUCCCCUCAGCUGAUGCUGGCCGCACACCGCUUCCUGGCAACAGAGGUGAGCCUGUUCAGCCCGCUCCAGAUCACAGAGAAGGUUCUGCUACGCAUCCUGAAGCACCCAAACGUCAUCCAGGAGAUCAGGUUCAAUGAGAGCAACAAGCACGCCCCACAGCACUACCUGUAUCAACGGGGGAAGCCUGUGGACUACUUCAUCCUCAUCCUGCAGGGCCGUGUUGAGGUGGAAGCAGGGAACGAGAACAUGAAGUUUGAGACGGGUCCCUUUUCCUUCUAUGGAGUCAUGGCCUUGAACUCUCCAGCCCUGGCUGUCUCCCCCAGUCUCUCUCCCUCAGUGUCGUCGUCACGUCCUCGUCGCCUCUCUCUAAAGAGGUUUUCUCUGUUCUCUCGGUUUCCAGGUAAAAAACCCCCCCUGCAUGCCUGAGGGCCUAAUCUGGGCUGGGAGGGCGAAUGGUAGAAUCAGGUCUAACAAAGGGCCCCUUUCCCAUUUCUGAGCAGCCCCAAUCCAGCACAUUUGACCCACAGUGGCUCUGUAUUCAUGGGUUAGCAGUUGUAUGGGUCAGCAAUUCUUGGGUUAGCAGGUCAAUGUCACAGACUGUGCUUCACAAAAUGCACAGAAGAGAAGCUUAAGCUGUUUUCCAGAGCUCACGUUCCAGGUUCAUACACAGAUCUACAGGGUGGCCCUCCCCCCUGUGCUUUCGGGAGCUGCUUCACAAGGGCCCACACAAUGCAACCUGCCAAACCUGGAAGCUGUCAUUCAUUGGCAAAACCUCGACACUGCAGAGAACAUGACCUGGGUCAAACCACCCCCCAGCGGAGUGACACUGUAGGGGGGACAGGGUCUGCUGGAUUGGGGGCUCCCAUUCGGUGGUCCUCUCACCAUGUAACACACUCCCAGUGCUAACUGGCUUUCUGCACUGCUCUCUGACCCGGGGAGAGGGGGUACUCCAUAAGCCCACCCUUCCCAUGGUCCUCUGGUGCUGCAGGAAUGCUAAUGC